AUGGAGCUCAAUCCAUCAUCCAUUCUAGGAGCUCCAUCCAUCAUCUAUCAAAGGAGCUCCAUCCAUGAUCCAUCCAAGGAGCUUCAUCCAUCAUCCAACCAUGGAGCUCAAUCCAACAUCGAUCCAAAGAGAUCAUGUGACCCGGUGUUGCCUGUUUAUCUUCCAGACCUGCUCCUCCUGUCCGGAGACCGGGGCGUCCCUCACUGCUUCUCCCAUCACUUCACGAAGAUCACGUGUUACUGGGGGGCCGAGGAGCUGGAGACGGGCCGGGAUGUGACCUGUGGAUUUUAUUACUCCUAUGAAGAAGUUUUUGUUCUCCGCAGAGAACCAGAGGAGGAAUGUGACAUCACCGUCCAAAACACGGGGCCCGCGCUGUACGUCUGUGAGCAUGAUGACGUCCGGCUCUUCAAUUACCUCCAUGUGUUCAUCAAGGAUAAGAGCACCAAUCAGAUCCUGCGCAACCGCACCAUCCAGGUAGAGAUGAUCGGAAUAUUCCCACAUCCCGGCAAUAUCCGGUUUUCCUGGGAUGAGCGCAGAGACCGGAUCCGUGUGAAUUGGGACCCUCUGGAGUUUGAAUUCCCAUUCGUUCUGCAGUACGAGGUUCGCUAUUGGCCGGAGGGUUCCACAGAUGAACAGAGAAAGAUUGUGCUGGGGGAGGAAGUGACGCUGUCUCAGCUCAUGCCGGACCUGCGCUACCAGCUCCGCGUCCGAACGUCCUGGAUGGGUGAGGGCGCCACCUGGGGGCCGUGGUCAGAGGUGAUCACAUUCGACAGUCCGGAAUAUUCAGACAUCGCCGGCGGGUGGAAAUGCGUCACCUCGGACAUGACUCAGGUGUGCUGUCAGUGGAAAGAGAAGAAGGAGGAUCAUCUGCUGUCAUCCCAGCAAAUCUUCUAUAGAUACAGAGACGCGGAAUGGCAGAGCUGCAAGCAAGAGGUUAGGUCUACCGACUGUGACUGCGCCUUCCUGGCCAGAAAUGACAGCGCCAUCUCCUUAAAAAUUCAAUCGUCUUCUGGGGAUGGAAAGUGGAACUUGUACUACCCAAAGCCUUUCUGGAUCCAUGAUGUGGUUCUCCUCCCGGUACCGAUCCUGCAUGUCCAGCAGCUGCCCGGGAACACGCUGGCUCUGAACUGGUCAAGCCCUCUGCUGAAGCUGGAGGAACACCUGAUGUACCAGAUCCGAUUCUCGCAGGACGGGGAGAAGACGUGGACGAUUCUGCAGAUUCCGGACGGAGUGCGAAACAAGACGCUGUCCGCGGUGGCAGGAACAAGCUAUGUCUUACAGCUGAGGGCAACUUUAAGGCCAUACAGGGUCCAAGGCCUCUGGGGUGACUGGUCAGACAGAAUUACCAUCAAAAUUCCCUCCAGCACAGGGUGGAUUAUCUUGGCAGUCGGUCUGUUUCUUCUGUCCAUCCUGGCGGCUGUAUUGUGUAUGUGCUGUAAGUUCCCAUUUUUAUACAGGAAACUGAAGAACAAGCUGUGGCCUCCUGUGCCAAACCUUCACCGCGUACUGGACACCUUCCUGGCUGAGAUUCAGAAACAGUACCAGCCUGGCUCGACGUCAUACGAGAAGACUCCUGAAGAUGUCGCUCACACCUCUUGUGUAGAGAUCCUCUCUGAAGUGACUCUUUCCAGUGAAGGACAGCCGCUUUCCCGUGAUUAUGUGCAGCUUUCUCCUCCGACCUACCAAAAUGAGGACAACUGGCCGAAGCUGGAGCUCUUGGACCUUCACCUGGAACUGAAUGCUAAAAAUCAGCCACCCAGUGAUCUCAUCAAUCAGACCUACCUGCCCACCAGCUGGAGCUUUUGAAGGAGGCAGCCAACAACUUACAAAUAAGAGCACCCACCCGUUCUCAGUCCAGGUUCUGUGGAAAGCCAGGGUUGCUCCAGAGGUUGCUGGAGGUCCCUUGAGCAGUGGCUGCUUGGCCUUCCAUCUGAUGGUCACUGCACAAUGUCAGGGUCAAGAGAAUGUGACAGAGGCUAGUGGCAUUAACAUCAAUUACCUUUUUAGAUGUCUGUAAGGGUGAAAUUCUUCCUGCUAACCACACAGGAAAGGGGUAUUCUUUCUCUUACUAGCCAUAUUAUGAGGAUGUCCUUCUGCCACUCACCCCCAAUGAAAUGGCGCAUUCCUUCCAUUGGCCAUCACUGUAAGGGGCAUUUUUCCUUUCACAGAACAUAGAAGGGACAUCUCUCUCACCGACCAUAGUGGAAACAAGCCCUUCUCCCAAUGACCGUCAAUAUACAGUAAAGUGACACGUCUCUCACUGACCAUAGUGGAAACAAGCCCUUCUCCCAGUGACGUAAAUAUACAGUAAAGUGACACGUCUCUCACUGACCACAAAUGUAAAGGGGUCAGGUCUAUCACUGCCCAUAAUGUAAGGUUGCCUUUUUCCAAUGACCACCAAUGUAAGGAGACACUUCUUUCACUGACCAUAACAUAAGGGUUCCCUUCUCCCAAUGACCACCAAUGUAAGAGGAAGCAUCUAUCAAUGACCACCAAUAUAAUGUGACACUUCUCUCACUAACCUUAAGGGUAUUAUUAUUUUAUUGACCACCAAUGUAAGAAGACACUUCUCCCACUGACCAACAUUGUAAGAGGACACAUCUCCCAAUGACCACCUACAUAGGGUGACCCAUCUCUCAAUGACCAUCAAUGUAAGGGGUCACGUCUCUCACUGACCAUAACAUAAGGGUGCCCUUCUCCCAAAGACCACCAAUGUAAGAGGACACUUCUAUCAAUGACCACCAAUAUAAUGGGACACUUCUCUCACUGACCAUAACAUAAGGGUGCCAUUCUUCCAAUGACCACCAAGGUAAGAAGACACUUCUCUCAAUAACUACCAAUGUGAGGAGUCACGUCCUUUACUCACUAUAACCUAAGAGUGUCCUUCUCCCAAUGAUAACCAAUGUAAGAGGACACGUCUCCCAAUGACCACCAAUGUAAGAGGUAACUACUCUCAUUGACCAACACUGUAAGUGGACAUGUCACACAAUGACCACCAGUCUAAAGUGACACUUCUCUCAAUAACCACCAAUGUAAGGAGUCACGUCCUUUACUGACCAUAACCUAAGAGUGUCAUUUUCCCAAUGAUAAAUGUAAGAGGCCACAUCUCACAAUGACCACCAAUGUAAGAGGACACUUCUCUCAUUGACCAACAUUGUAAGAGGACUUGUCUCUCAAUGACCACCAAUAUAAGGCAACACUUCUCUCACUGAUCACAAAUGUAAGGGGUCACAUCUAUUACUGACUUUAAUGUAAUGGUGUCCUUCUCCAAAUUACCACCAAUUUAAGGAAACACUUCUCCCACUGACCAGCAUUGUACGAGGACACGUCUCCCAAUGACCACCAUCAUAAGGUCACACAUCUCUCACUGACCAUAACACAAGGGUGCCCUUCUCCCAAUGACCACAAAUGUAAGAGGACACGUCUUCCAAUGACCGCUAAUGUAAGAGGGCACGUCUUCCAAUGACCACUAAUGUAAGAGGGCACGUCUUCCAAUGACCACUAAUGUAAGAGGACACGUCUUCCAAUG